AGGAUGUGCGGGGCCUCGCUGGAAGUUGUCCCGGUGUUCGCCGCUGGAGCUCCGGGUCGAGAGGACGAGGUGCAGCUGCUGGGAGAAUCCUCCGCUGCCGCCGGCUCCCGGAGCCCAGCCCUUUCCCAGCCCAACCCAGCCCCAGCUACAAGCACCUGUCCCUGCCGCGGACCCCAACGCUGCCUACCAUGAAACCUGCCGUCUUCCUAUCCUUACCCGACCUCAGAUGCUCCUUGCUGCUCCUGGUAACUUGGGUUUUUACUCCUGUAACAACUGAAAUAACAAGUCUUGAUUCAGAAAAUAUAGAUGAUAUUUUAAACAAUGCUGAUGUUGCUUUAGUAAAUUUUUAUGCUGACUGGUGUCGUUUCAGCCAAAUGUUGCAUCCAAUUUUUGAGGAAGCUUCAAACGUUAUUAAGGAAGAAUACCCCAGUGAGAAUCAAAUCGUGUUUGCCAGAGUUGAUUGUGAUCAGCACUCUGAUAUAGCCCAGAGAUAUAGGAUAAGCAAAUACCCAACCCUGAAAUUGUUUCGUAAUGGAAUGAUGAUGAAGAGAGAAUACAGGGGUCAGCGGUCAGUGAAAGCACUUGCAGAUUACAUCAGACAACAAAAAAGCGACCCAAUUCAAGAACUUCACAGCUUAGAAGAAGUCACCACUAUUGAUCGCAGCAAGAUAAGUAUCAUUGGAUAUUUCGAGCAAAAGGAUUCAAGCAACUAUAGAGUUUUUGAAAGAGUAGCGAGUAUUUUGCAUGAUGACUGUGCUUUCUUUUCUGCGUUUGGGUCUGUUUCUAAACCAGAAAGAUACAGUGGAGACAACAUAAUCUACAAACCACCAGUGCUUUCUGCUCCAGAUAUGGUUUACUUGGGAUCUAUGGCAAAUUUUGAUGUAACUUUCAACUGGAUUCAAGAUAAAUGUGUUCCUCUUGUCCGAGAAAUAACAUUUGAAAAUGGAGAGGAAUUGACAGAAGAAGGACUGCCUUUUCUCAUACUCUUCCACAUGAAAGAGGAUACAGAAAGUUUAGAAAUAUUCCAGAAUGAAGUAGCCCGGCAAUUAAUAAGUGAAAAAGGUACAAUAAACUUUUUACAUGCUGACUGUGACAAAUUUAGACAUCCUCUUCUGCACAUACAGAAGACUCCAGCAGAUUGUCCUGUCAUCGCUAUCGACAGCUUCAGGCAUAUGUAUGUGUUUGGAGACUUCAAGGAUGUGCUAGUUCCUGGAAAACUCAGACAGUUCAUAUUUGACUUGCAUUCUGGAAAACUGCACAGAGAAUUCCAUCAUGGGCCUGAUCCAACCGAUAUCGCCCCAGGACAGGAAUCCCAAGAUGUAGCCAGCAGUCCACCUGAGAGCUCCUUCCAGAAGCUAGCACCCAGCGAAUAUAGGUACACUUUACUGAGGGAUCGAGAUGAGCUUUAAAAACUGGAUAAACAAUUGGCAAGCCUUUGAAACAGCAACAUCAACUUAUGUGGUGGAAAUAGUAAACCUAUAUUUUCAUAAUUCUGUGUAUUUUUAUUUUGAAUAAACUGAAAGAAGUUU